UAAAGAGAGAAGACAAAACGCCACAGGAGUACCAUGCAACAUCAGCUUAUAUUCAAUCUCCUUGCUUGGCUAGGGGUGGCAUCUGCCUUCUUGACACCUCCUUUCUCGCAGAUCAUGUUAGCGGUCCCUUCGGCAGCUACCUGCCGGUACGCUUCACAAGAGCCGACUACACCCGGCGAGCUGCAUUUUCGCCCGGCGGCGAAAACGGAGCAAGGCACUAUACAGAAGAUCCUUGUCGGAAUGCUGAUGAAUCCUAUGUCUAUCGAUAUCAGCAACUUCAUUUGCGCUGAACAAGAGGGGGCUCUCGUUGGGUUUGGUCAGGUCAGACCAAUUGGCGGGUCCAGCUAUGAAUUGGCGAGUCUUCACGUCGAUGAAUCCUAUCGAGGCCGUGGGAUUGGGAGUAGCGUCGUGCGGCAACUCGUGAAAGGCUACGUGUCAACUCACGGAGAAGGACAGAUCCGAAACCUGUUCCUUCUUACGCUGGAAUCAACGGUACCUUUCUACGAAAAGAACGGUUUUGCUGUUGCUCCUGCAAACGAAAUUCCCACGGUGUUGAAGGCCGAACGUGCUGUUGGUUCCCUCUUGCAGUCGUUCUUUGGCAAUUCCGUCGUUUGCAUGCAAGCCCAGUGAUCUUCCUUGCGAGGAAACGUGUUCGUUUGUGGCUGCGAGAACGGGGUUCCAUUGCAUUUGGCUGCUGACAGUUGAAACGAAACAGGCCUACGGUUUUGUUGUGUUUAUGCGCCGGGUUGUCAUGCAUGUUGAGACCAAUUGGCGGGUCCACGUAUGAUUUGGCGGGUCUUCACGUCGAUAAAUCCUAUCGAGGCCGGGUAUAGAGAGGACCUGGGAGUUGAGAACUUGUGGCUCAAUAUAAUAGAACUAGAAAUUUGAUUGCACUUGCCCUUAUGAAGAGGUGCUCAGUCAAGAACCCGGCAGAGAAAAUACGAAACGUUUCUCGGGCAAUACAAGCGGCUCUUAGGUGGGGU